AAACUACAUUCAAAUAUGAAACAAAUAAGCAUUAAAAAUUUUGAAAAAAUUUGGAUAAUUUGUUUUGGAGCGGCAUUAAAAGCUACCACCGCAUUUUUGAAGAAAUCGCAUGACGGCUAUGGUGAAACAUGCUGUACGUAUUUGCCCGCAAGGGCGAUUCCUGAUCUGACCUGGUUUAUCGCCGAAUAUUACAUCUAAUUGGAAAGGAUGGCGCUUACUAGUGUGAGUCUAAUUGUUUUUGAAUAUGAACUGAAUGAGUGGAACUCCUUGUGAGCCCUUCAAAGCGCCCGCUAUACUGCCCAAUACUUGUUUACGACAAAAAACAUAGUACAUUCACUUAUAUAUGGGAAGAGAAUUAUUGACUAAAUAAUUAAGCUAGAUUUUUAAUUUUCAGACUUUUUCAUUCUUUGCAAGCUGAUUUAGUUGAAUUUGGAGACGUCUUCACAAUACAUUGAUCGGAUAAGCAUACAAAUUUCUAUUUUUUUAUUUAUAUAGCUAAUAAAGUGAAUAAUUAAAGUCAGCUAUUGCUUACAACAUUCGUGUAUCAACCUUGCCACUCUUGUACAUUUUUGAAAUAUUUAUCACACUUGUCAUACUCAUAUAUGUUUCAAUUUCGAAUGUUUCGUAUAUUUAUGUUGGUAUCAGCAUCUACGUUCCAAAAUGUUCCCAAAUAUAUUUUAUUCUAAGCGUAUUGCAUUUUAAAUCUCCGUACUUUUUUAGUGAGAAGAAUUCCUAUUGUGACUGCUUGUCUCCAUCAUUAGCAUGAGUUGAAAUGAAACAGUAUAUUUUUAAGAAGAGAAUCUUAUCAAGCAAAGUCAUGACGUAUAAAUAGUCUUAAAUUGUUUAUUACUUCAUUAAAGAAAUUCAAGUUAUAUAUCAUUCGAAGAAUAACAUUUUAUUUUUAAAAUUGAAAGUUAGAAACAGAAUGCUGAUUACGUUGUAAGCUUGCGAGGACUUGAAGGAUUCAAUACAAAUUAAUUGUAUUGAGAAUAGAUCUUCCCUAUCGAGAAGGCCCCUCGAGGACUGCACACUCUCUUCUUUACAGGUAUAUUGCUUUUAAUAGCCUUAGCAACAACAUUUAAUACUUCAAUGAAUUUUAGCUUAUAGGUAUUGUUGCUGUUGAAAAAUUUAACAUAAAUCUUAGAUGAUAUUAUUUCUUCAAUUGUCUUAACGUAAAUAAAGAAUGAGCAUGAAAUGCUUGUAAAAUAUUUUAAUUUAAUGGGGUUUUCACUAUCUCUCGCGAUGUUACGUAGCUCUAAAACAAAAAACAUUUAUUAUGAAAAUAUAUUUAAUACUUAUUACUCAUUCAAGUAAGCUUAAAUUUUCUUAGAUUUCUUGGGUGCAAAGUCGACAAAUUUCGAUUACUAUAUUACUAUCCAUACUAUGAUGCCGGUAAGCGUUAAAACAAAUCGAUACUAUGAUGCUGGCAAGUAAUCAAAGAGCAAAGAAAAUUUUACAACGAAUUGCGUUAAUAAAACAAAAUAAUCCAACUUGAUGUAUUAUUAUUAUUUUGAAGCGAUUCGUCUAAAUGUUAUUAAAUCGUCUAAUAUUUAAAGAAUGAUAAAAAGAAUUCACAACUGACAUCUUUAAAAAUUUACUUAUUAGAAAAUUUUGCACGAUUAGUAGUAACACAAUGGAGCUGAUUAGUUAUCAGACAGCCCUGUUAAAAAACUACUCAUUUUCUAAAACUGGUGCCGUGUGUGGUUUAUAUUUCCACAAGAAGCACCCUGUGAAAUACAAAUAAAUUGCAACUGUACUCUUCUUUUUUUUCUUAUAAAAGUUUCUUUUCAGUAUUAAUAAUAUUGAAGUUGCUAUCAUAACAAUAUGGCUUUAGCUCCAAGAUUUCUACGUAAUUUAAUCCUUCAAUCAUCUAAGCUACGUUAUUCAAGUUAUCUGUCCUCGAAAGAAGUCCAGCCAUUGCAAAAAUAUCCCGAAGUUGAAAUAGUUAAAAAUCCCCCGGAAUGGAAAUAUGUUGAGCGUUUGUUACCCAAAGAAGUGAUACCAAAACCAUUACAAAAAGCUGAGUAUCACUCAGGUUGGAAACCGCCAACGGUGGAUUUGCGUAACAUCGAUCAAUUCAAAUACUAUGUAGCACGUACAAAAAACUAUAUGCUACCCGUCUACUUAAAGCAAACAUUCCGGGGCCAAAGAAGAGUAACAGUUGUAAGACGUAUACAAGGCAAUCUUUGGGAAUUAGAACGUGAAAUCCGGGAAUUAGUAGAAAAAGCGCGGAACGGCCGGGUAUGCGCUACUCGCGUAAACGAAAUGAGCGGUCAAGUGCAAAUCCAUGGCGAUUAUGUCGAUAUAAUAAGAGAAUAUUUGAAGUCAAAAGGUUAUUAAAAGCUUUAUUCUCUUUUUCCUUAAGAUUAGUUUUUUUAAUAUUG